AUGACUGAGUGUCACAGCAUGACGGACGUGUGGUUGCUGGUGGGGCUGUACCCAGGGCAGUGCAUGGAGCCCGGGCCCACCGCCACUCAGCCUGGGCACCAGCACCAGAACCCACCCACCGCCUGGCCUGGGCACCGGCCCCAGAACCCACCCACCGCCCAGACUGGGCACCAGCCUGAGAACCCACCCACAGCCCAGCCACCGGCCCCAGAACCCACCCACACCCCAGCCUGGGCACUGGCUCCAGAACCCACCCACCGCCUGGCCUGGGCACUGGCCCGAGAACCCACCCACAACCCAGCCACCGGCCCCAGAACCCACGCACACCCCGGCCUGGGCACCGGCCCCAGAACCCACCCACCCCGGGGCCCGUCCACCGGCCCCAGAACCUACCCACAUCCUGGCCUGGGCACCGUAACCCACCCCCUGCCCGGCCUGGGCACCGGCUCCAGCUCCCAGCCACCGCCCAGCCUGGGCACUGGCUCCAGAACCCACCCCCUGCCCGGCCCGGGCACCGGCCACAGAAAGCACUCACCCCCCAGCCCGGCUACUGGCCCCAGAACCCCCCCCCUGCCCGGCCUGGGCACUGGCCCCAGAACCCACCCACACCCCAGCCUGGGCACCGGCCCCAGAACCCACCCACCGCCCGGCCUGGGCACUGGCCCCAGAACCCACCCACCCCCGGGCCCGUCCACCGGCCCCAGUACCCACCCUCUGCCUGGCCUGGGCACCGGCCCCAGAACCCACCCACCGCCCGGCCUGGGCACUGGCCCCAGAACCCACCCCCUGCCUGGCCUGGCCACUAGCCCCAGAACCCACCCUCUGCCUGGCCUGGUCACCGGCCCCAGAACCCACCCACCGCCCAGCCACUGGCCCCGAAACCCACCCACCGCCCGGCCUGGGCACCGGCCUGAGAACCCACCCCUUGCCCUGCCUGGGGACCAGCCCUAG